GCUAACAUGAUCAUUUUAUAAAAUAUCGACAAUUUCAACAGCUUCCGUUUCCGUCAAAAGUACGAAAACAAUUGAGUGCGAAGUGUUAUCGGAACGACCUCGAAGAUGGCAGCUACGCGUAAAAUUUUCACAAAUUUGCCAGGUUUGGCAAAGACAGUUGGGCUGAGGUCUAUAUAUACAACCACCAGACCCAACCUAAUGUUGUCAAAAACUACAAAGGUCAUCUGCCAAGGAUUCACAGGAAAGCAAGGAACAUUUCACAGUCAACAGGCCAUAGAGUAUGGGACAAAGAUGGUUGGUGGAGUUUCUCCUGGGAAAGGAGGUCAGAAACAUCUCGGUCUGCCUGUGUUUAACUCAGUGUUAGAGGCUAAAGAGGCAACGGAUUGUGAUGCAACAGUUAUUUAUGUCCCGCCGAGAUUUGCUGCAGCUGCCAUCACAGAAGCAAUAGACGCUGAAAUCCCACUGAUAGUUGUUAUCACAGAAGGUAUACCGCAACAGGACAUGGUGCGAGUCAAACAUAAAUUGAUUCGUCAGAAUAAAUCAAGAAUGCUUGGACCAAACUGUCCUGGAAUUAUCAAGCCUGGAGAAUGUAAGAUUGGCAUUAUGCCAGGACAUAUCCACCAGAAGGGUAAAAUAGGGAUUGUGUCAAGAUCUGGAACAUUAACCUAUGAAGCUGUUCAUCAGACAACAUUAGCAGGACUUGGUCAGACACUGUGUGUAGGUAUUGGUGGUGACCCUUUCAAUGGCACAAACUUCAUUGACUGCCUCGAAGUUUUCUUGCAAGAUGAUAAUACUGAAGGAAUUGUACUUAUUGGUGAGAUUGGAGGUCAAGCAGAGGAGAAAGCUUCAGAAUAUUUAAGAAAUAAUAACAGGGGUCCGCAUGCAAAACCAGUAGUUUCGUUUAUUGCGGGUCUGACAGCACCCCCAGGUAGACGUAUGGGUCAUGCGGGUGCUAUAAUUGCUGGGGGUAAAGGUGGUGCAGAAGAGAAGAUCGAAGCUCUCAAAUCAGCUGAUGUUAGCGUUACAAUGUCACCAGCCCAGCUUGGAUCUACUAUGGUCGAGGCAAUGAGUAAGAGGAGGAGGUGAAAAAGAAGUUAUUUAUAGUAACAAAUUACAGAUGAAUUAUUAUUGUUUUUACUUGUUAAUGAAUUGCAUGUAGACAUGUUCUCAAAAAAUUUGUAAAAUCUGUAGAUAAAAUGCAUAUUCUAGAAUUCACAUUAGCUUCCUUUCUAGACUGCUUUUGUUUGUAUGAAAAUUAUUAUAGGUGAACUAUUGUACAGUCUGUGACACAUGAUAUUUUCUUUCAAGUAUUUAUUUUCUAGAGAAAAAUUGGACACUGGAACUUUGUAUUCUUCUAAUACUUUAAACAGCCUAUUUAAAUCUAGUCUAACAUUUUUAUGUGAUUGUACAUAUCUUUCCAGUGCUUUUUAAGGGUACGAAAAAAGAUAGAAAUAGGUGAAAAUGUUAAACUGUACUGAAGUAUUAUAAGCUUAUAUGCUGAAUAAACAUUAAUAUAAACAGAAUAUAAUAUUGCAACAGAACCAUUGAAAGACCAGGUGACAACACGCAGCACACUGGGUAGUUUGAACGAUUUAAUUAACCACCGGUUUCGGUCUUACAAAGACCUUCUUCAGGUUUUUAAUAUUAUUAUUAUAUAAUUUAAUAUUCAGGAAUAUAAUAUUGUUUAUUAUAUGACUUAUGUCCAUAGUUUGUGUAAUUGACUGGUUAUAAUUCGGCAAUAAAUUUUGCAAGGCUGAGGUCAAAACUUGAAGAGAAAAAUGUGAGAAAUGAUUUCUUAUGACAUGAAAUAAAUGGUUUGCCGGUCAAUUUUCUAAACCAUAGACCAUAUGACCUUGGGCUAUUUACUGGCAAGCCAUAUAUUAAGUGUGUUUUAGUUCAAGAUAUAUUCUUUGACUCGUAUGAAAAUGCAUCAAUAUGUUAUGUAUAUUUACAGGUACUAGUAUAUACCUACUGACAAAAAUGCAUUCUGUAAAUUUUGGUGUUUAAAAUGUAAAGAAUAUUGAUUUAUGAUUUCUGCCUGAUGUGAUAAAUAAUGAAAAUAAAUUGUAAGAUACCUUA